CAUGAUCAGUCACCCGCAGCACAUGUAAACAAUCACAUAAUGGUUCACACGUGUGUUGUUUAUGGUUGUACCAAUCGAGCAGACAACAGUGCGAAGCGUGGAUUUUAUGGUUUUCCAACAGUUAGACUACAUGAAGACAAAUGGUCUGAGGAACUGAGUAGGGAAAGAAGAACGAAAUGGAUCGCCGCCAUAGGAAGAAAGGGCUUCACGCCGUCAGUUCACUCAAAAGUCUGUUCGGAUCAUUUCGUGGAAGAAUUGUUAAAAUGGAGCGCAUCCCAUCGUUUCAUGAUUACUCCAGGCCAAUACCUGUGUCAACAAGGAAAAGACCCAGAGGGACACCAACGGGAAAAACCCCUGUUCAAGCAUCCAAAAUCUUUUAUGUGGUUAGAAUCUGGUAUUGUGUGAAGCAGCUCUCUUAUUUUAUUUCAAAGAAUAGAAGUCCAUCAUCUAUACCUUGUUACUUGAAUUAUACUGAUUAUACAAUUUUUGUUUUUAUGAAACUUAUAAACUUUGUAUGUGAUAUUAAAAAUUCUAGUUGGAUGAGUUUUAAAUUUUGAAUUAUUUUUUCAAAUAUAAAAAGAGUCAAAAGUUUCAGCCUUUUUACGCCGUCAGUCGUAAAAAAAGUCAGUUUAAAAGUCCGUCUAAGAAAACGAAAUUAAAGCGAUUGAACAAGAAUAAAAAUCAAGUCAGGUUUUCAAAUUGCAAGAAUAAAAUGAAUAAUGACAAGGAAAUCAUGCCUUGUGAAAAAAUGAAGAUAAAUCUACAAAUGAUGGAAGAAAACAGAAUCAACAUAUG